AUGCAGUUUCAAACAGAAAAGAAUACGUACAAGGAAGAUUUCAGGAAGAUGACUGAAGAGAAUGGGAACAGCAGUGACUUCUCCUCUGCCUUCAAUCACACCAACACCAUGAGUGCCAUACUGAUUACUGCCUACUCAGUUGCCUUUGCUGGAGGUGGGAUCGGGUCCAUCACAAUGUUGUUUGUGCUGGUCAAGAUGAACACUCUGUCUGUGACCACUACAGCCAUCAUUAACCUGGUCGUUGUGCACAGCCUCCUCCUCUUCACGGUGCCCUUCCGCCUGCACUACUAUGUCAACAAGAAGUGGGUAUUCAAGAUGACGCUUUGCAAAAUGGUGAGUGCAAUGGUGCACAUCCACAUGUACCUGACUUUUCUGUUCUACGUGAUCACUCUGGUGAUCCGAUGGCUCAUCUUCUUUCAAUGGAGGGACAAGGUGGAGUUUUACAGGAAGCUGCACGCCAUUGCGGCAAGCGCUGCCGUGUGGGUCUUCGUCAUGGUCUUUGUGGUGCCAGUCUUGUGCUUUGAGUACGGACGCUCAGGCUUCUACAGUGAUACAACUUGCUUUAUGUUCCACAAAGAACUGCAGCAGGACAGCGUGAAAGCCCUGAACUACAUCAUCAUUGUGGCUGUCGCCUGCAUUACUUGUGUCCUCUUGGGUGUGCAGAUUUUCAUCCUGGUAAAAGUGACGAGAAAAUUUUCCACCUCCCUCUGGUCACACCAAGAGUUCUGGGCCCAGGUGAAAAACUUGAUUUUCAUCUGCGUCAUCAUAAUUUGCUUCCUUCCCUAUCACCUCUUUAGGGCCUACUACAUACAGCACAUAAGUGAUUUUGACCAGUUAGAAAGCUACAAUGAAGUUUUUUUGAGUCUGACUGCCCUCAGCUGUCUGGACCUGCUGUCAUUCGUGCUGAGCGGAAGCCGCUUCUUCAAGCAAAACGUGGGCAUGCUCCGCAGCAGGUUGUCUUGCUGCUAG